AUGUCCUCCACGUUCGCUUCUACCAGCGAUGUGGCUCUGUUUUUGGCGUCGGUCAUGUGGAUGACGGCAAUACUCAAAAGGAACUCCACCAAGUCAUCAUCUAAAGUUGUGAGCCAUGACAGAGUCGUGGUCGUCCCACUCUUGAAUCAUACAGACAUUUGGGUAAACGACAUUCUCCCCUUUCUAGGCCUGGGUCAGUAUGCCUUUGUGGCCCCAGUGUGCCACAAAAUGAACGCCAUGUAUCAGGAGUACUGUGAUUCGGUGGUGCCACCUGAUGCGCAGGCUCAACAACAUGGCACCACAGCGACUAGCAAUGAUACCUUUUACAGCAAUGUGUUCUACUCGGUACCGUGUGCCACAAUGUGGGAUGCUCAAACCAGAGACAAUCCAGACAGGUACACACAGGUUUGCGCUGUGGCGGCCAAACUUGGGAGUCUUGCCGUUGUCCAAUGGGGGCAAGAACAGGGAUUUCCAUGGGAUGAAACUACCUGCACCAAUGCUGCCCAGAAUGGGCAUUUGGAUAUCCUACAAUAUGCCCAUGAACAUGGAUGUCCCUGGGACCAAGAAACUACCAAAAUGGCAGCUGAACAUGGUCAUUUACAAGUACUACAAUAUGCACAUGAGAAUGGAUGUCCAUGGGAUCCCAUCAUUUGCCAUCUGGCGGCUGGGAAUGGCCAUUUGGAUUGCCUCCAAUAUGCUCAUGAGAAUGGCUGUCCAUGGAAUGAAGGGACAUGCUGUAGUGCAGCCAAAAAUGGCCAACUAGACUGCCUCCAAUAUGCUCACGAGAAUAGCUGCCCAUGGAAUGAGAGCAUUUGUGAAGCUGCUGCUGAAUUUGGACAUCUCCAUAUUCUCCAGUAUGCUCAUGAACAUGGAUGUCCAUGGGAUGAAGAGACUUGUGAGAAGGCAGCAGAGUCUGGUUCCCUAGAAAUUCUUCAAUAUGCACAUGACAAUGGCUGCCCCUGGGACAGUUGUACAACCAUGAAAGCAGCGGAACAGGGGCAUUUGGAGUUACUACAAUAUGCCAUGAAAAUGGCUGCCCAUGGGACAGGAACAGUUGUGCCAAUGCUGCCCUCAAGGGCCAUUUGGUGGUGGUACGAUACCUGCAUGAGAAUGGGUGCCCCUGGGAUUUCUUUACAUGCAUUUAUGCUGCCAAGCAUGGCCAUUUGGAAACCUUGA